AUGUCAGACAUCACUCUACAGUCAUGGGAGUACCUCGAGACUCUUCCAGGAACUCAAUUUUAUCGACUAUACAGAAGUCCAUCGUCAGCGCUGGCGAUUUUCAGAAAGCGGCUAUCGAGUCUAGCAAAGUCCUUUGUCAUGAUGCUGCUCUACAUGCCACGGCCCAUGCCCGUCAAGCAACUAGAAUUAUUUGUGAAGGACACCAGUCGAGGGGAGCGUGAGUACGCCCUCGACCUGCUUCAUCGCUAUCAUAUCUUCAAAGAUGUCACCUUCGACUCGGCAAGAGCCUACUCGCUGACACCAGAUUUUGCAAAAUCACUCCGUCGAGCCUUGACCGGCGCAGGUGAUAGCAGGUCCUUCGGACAAUUAGCAAAUGUUCCAGACGACCAGAAGGUGAUCACUGCUCAACUCGACGAGUAUUCUCGCCAACGAUGGGAAGGGAUUUUGGGCUACAUGGUCGGAUCUUCGGCCGUUCCGCUGGAGACAGAGCAGGCAGCCAUUGAACCAUCCCCCGGAGUCGUUGAGCUCCUUAGAGCCGGCCAUCUUAUCGAAGUCACCGGGACCCAUAGUCCCGGACAGGCCGCCAAAAUCACCAAAGAGGGAUUUGCUUUCGUCCUUCAAGAUAUCAAUACGCAAAUCUGGACGCUUCUGUUCCUCUAUGUCGACAACGCAGAGGUUUUUGACAUGGACAAAGUCGAUGUCUUGUCAUUCCUGUUCCUCGUCUCAUCCCUCGAGCUCGGUCUCGCGUAUUCCACUCAGACCCUGGAUGAAACCCAGCAGCGCUGUCUCUCCGACCUUGUCUCGUUCGGAAUCGUCUACCAACCCCUCCUAGAUGAUGGUCAGCCUGUGGACUACUUCUACCCAACUCGGCUCGCGACCACUUUGACUUCUGACUCUAGUACGACUCUCUCCGCCACCAACACCACAAUCGGUUCCUCUCUGUCCUCGUCCUCUUCCGGCUCAGCCAAAGACUUCAUCAUCGUCGAAACAAACUAUCGCGUGUACGCAUACACGUCAUCUCCGCUGCAGAUUGCCCUUCUGUCUUUGUUCGUCAAUCUCCGAUCCCGCCAUCCGAAUCUCGUCACUGGGAAGAUGAGUAAGGCUUCUGUGCAACGCGCCGUCCAAGCAGGCAUCACAGCCGAUCAGAUCAUUUCAUACUUGACAUCUCAUGCACAUCCACAGAUGCGUCGACAUGCACAAGCAGAGCAAGCUCAACUCCAAGCCCGCAAUACAGAUCAAAGCCGCGUCGUGCCCAUCCUCCCUGCGACCAUUCUGGAUCAAAUACAUCUUUGGCAGCUGGAGCGCGAUAGAAUGACGACCACUGCUGGCUUUCUACUGAAAGAUUUCUCCAACAAUGCCGAUUAUGAAGCACCAUGUCGCUACGCCGAUGAAAUCGGUGUGUUGGUGUGGAAGAAUGAUAAGAAAAGAAUGUUCUUCGUCAAUCGCAUUGAAGGUGUUCGCGCAUUCAUGGCAGAGAGGAGAGCAAAUGCUCAAGGAUGA